AUGUCUGGCCAAGCGUCAAAGAAGACGAAGCGCCAACUGAAGCGCGACAAGGAUAAGCGCCGUUCGGCGCAGCAGGAGACGCCAGUUCGCAGAAGACGUAGGGCACGCUAUCGAGGCUGCGCUCGCCGCGCGAGCGUGAAGCGGCCGAGGCUCGCCGCCGUGGCAGGUGUCAAGGUCGUGGUAGCCCUCAUGGGGGUUCUCGUGGCGGUGGCCGUGGUGGCCGUGGUGGGGGGCCACGGUGCUCUCCACGGCACCAAUACGGUGCCCCCUGAGGAUACCACCCCGGCUGAGGCGUCUGCCACAGCGGUUCAGCCAGCUGGCCCAGAGACCUCGAAGGAAAAGGGGUCGCGAAACAAGGCCAAGGCCACGGCCUACCCGGGUUCUCACCCGGUAGAGCCCCGUGAGCAGCACACAUAUCGCAACGGCAACCAGCACAGCGGCGAUUUGAACAGCAGUGAUCAGCAACAGUCAUAA